GUGCUGUGCGGUUAGCAAAAUGUACAGUACUGUGGCUCCGGUACGACACAGCAAAAGCGUGCUUACAUAACACAGAUUUUUCCACACAACCACAAAAACGAGGGCACCAGCGGGGCUCAUCCACAGAGACAAGUCGUCCCAAAUAGGGCUAGCGCGUCGCUUAACCCACAAACUGCGCUCGAAUUUUUGCUGUGGCCCAGGGUUUGUGGGCGGUCCAAAGGUGAAAUUUCCUACGGGCUUCUUGUUCAGUUUUCCCCUUCACCAUACUAACCAUAACAGAUAUCACGACAUCUGAGCCGCCAAAAUGGGUGCCCUUAAGUAUGUCGAGGAACUUCAGAAGAAGAAGCAGUCCGAUGUGAUGCGCUUCCUUCUCCGCGUUCGCUGCUGGGAGCUUCGUCAGCUGAACGUCAUCCACCGUGCCAGCCGUCCCUCCCGCCCCGACAAGGCCCGCCGCCUUGGCUACAAGGCCAAGCAGGGCUACGUCGUCUACCGCGUCCGUGUCCGCCGUGGUGGCCGCAAGAAGCCUGCUCGCAAGGGUGCCACCUACGGCAAGCCCACCAACCAGGGUAUCAACCAGCUCAAGUACCAGCGCUCCCUCCGCGCCACCGCCGAGGAGCGUGUCGGCCGCCGCUGCGCCAACUUGCGCGUCCUCAACUCCUACUGGAUCAACCAGGACUCUACCUACAAGUACUUCGAGGUCAUCCUUGUCGACCCCCAGCACAAGGCCAUCCGCAUCGACCCCCGCAUCAACUGGAUCGUCAACCCCGUCCACAAGCACCGCGAGGCUCGUGGCCUUACCUCCACCGGCAAGCGCUCCCGUGGUCUCAACAAGGGUCACCGCUACAACAAGACCACUGCUGGCCGCAGAAAGACCUGGAAGCGCCACAACACCCUCUCCCUGUGGCGCUACAGGUAAAGGGUUUAACCCAAUCUUGGUUCGCUCACAGGCUCGUAACGCCAGUCUUAUCGAUUGGCACUGCGUGGUUGUGGGUGGCCUUGCGAGCUCGCUUCUGUCUGUGAUGUACUACUGCUUGCUUGCCUUGUGGGAUGUAUGCUGGAGGCAUUGGUCGACUUUGCAUCACUCCAUAUACUCCUCACUACCCUCAUCUCUGCAGGUGUGUGCAGGACGAAUGUGCAGUGUGGUGUAGGUGGAGAAACCUCUUUUAAAAAUAAAAUGAAAUAGUUCGUUAUGACUAGUUUAAAUACGACGUAGAGCAUUCAAUGAAUUGACGUCUCUUAUAAAAACACAUGGGCCCAUGGAUACCCUAACUCCUGACUGAUGUAGUGCGUAGACGUAUGUGGCGGCUAAUUUGUUCAACAGGCCGACCACGCACAUGAUGCAUGCUUGCCACUACAACGAUACUAGCACACAAUUAUAGAAAGUACAUUUCUUCAAAUUCAUUUUAUCUUUCUUAUCUUACGCAAUCAUACAAAAUAAAACACUUAAAAAGUCAAAAAAUACGCAACUGAAAUCUCAACUCAUACCUCCGAAAAUCUUGGCUCCAGAGAGCAGAGCAAGCUUCCUGGGAGGCUGCUACCACUCCAUUGACAGCCUAGGAUGCCCUGAGCAUCAUCUUCCUUAGAUUACAAACCUUUGCACACAAAACGAUGGUUGUCAUGCAAAUGAUGCACUGGCGUGUGCAAGAAUAAUUCAAAAGCUUGGCAGGACUGAACACUCAAUAUGCAUUGGCCAAGUAGUCAUGAAAUCUUUUUUUGUAGUUGUACACACAAAGUAUCUUGCAAGAUACUGUGUUUCUCUGAAUGUCGCAUGUCGUCGCCGACUAGUCGGCCUUGCGUGCUGUAAAUAUUCAAACAUGGUUGAGUUAUCGUGAAGGUCAUGCCAAAAAUCGUAAUUGUAUGCGGAUGAUCGGUGCUCAUUCUGCAACUCGAACAGAACGCAACCACCAGCGCAUAAUAUAAUACACAUGUAUUCAAGAUGGCAGCAAUGUACAAAGUUAUGAAAUCAGAGCCAUCGAGCCUCUUCUGAUUCCACACCGUUGCCGGUGUUUGGGCCAACACGUUGGCCAAAUGGCGGCUGUUGAAUGGCUCCAGGAGCUCCAGGAGCUCCAGGUGCGGCGGGCAAGCCAGGGCCGACUUGAAAGCCUCCAACGGCAGAAGGGUUAACCUGGUUGUUCAGGCCGGCAGGGGCGACUGAGGGCGCCGCAAUUGGUGCAAUGGAGGAAGUGCUAGACACUCCACGAGCAUGUCCAGGACGAAGGGGGAUCUGGCCUUGGGUGUUGUCAGCCGGGGUAACCUGCCCACUUGACGACGCGCUUCCUCGGUUAUCAUAAGCAGAGACCUUGGCCUGAAUACGUCGACCAUAUGGAGUGGUUCGGAUCUGAGGAAGAAUAGGGCGGAUGGCUUCAACAAGGCGAUACUUCUGGUGAGGGGUAGCAAAUUCAAGAGCUGUCUGGAUGACGUAGUUUGCAUAGUUGUCACGCAAAAGGUUUUCAAUCUCUGUGGGAGAAAGCAUUUCCUCAACGAUCAAGUCCUUUGAUGGGGCCUGGGCACAGCGAAGGCACUUCUCGAUGACAUUGGAACUAAACUUCUGGCGAGACAGGUGCCCAAUGCAGCCCUGGAACAUGGAAACCAGAGGUUCCGUGAAGGUUGGCUCAUUCAGGUCAAUAAUGUACUGAAUGACGUAGUUGCCAAAGGGAUCUUGCACCAGUCGGCGUGCCUCCUGGGUGAUCUUUUGCACAAGCCAGCGCUUCUGAUCACCAGAGGCAUGGUCAAUGCAUCGCUGCAAGACACAGCAGCCAUGCUUGUGGGUGCCAACCUCGACAGAGUGGUUGCCAACGGCAUCAAAGAUAAACUGAGCAUCGACGGAGCUGAGCUUGUUCAGGCAUUUCUGGAUGACGUGGUUGCCAUUGAGGUCCUGGAUUAACUCGACAACGCGAUAACGCAAGGCUUCCAUGAUAAGAGACACCUGCUGGGGGGUGCUGACGUAUUCAAUCAUCUUCUGUAAAGCACGGGUGCCAUGCUGGUUGAGAGCAAUACGGACCAUGUCUUGCGAUGCGUUCUGAAUCAAGACAGUGCGCUCAUCGUCGUUGCAGUAUUCGAGAAGCUUCUGGCACAAAUAAUUUCCAAAAGGAUCCGUCAUAAGCUCGACGACAUGGGGGUUCGUCUCUUGCCAAAUCAUGUGAACCUGAUCAGGCUUGCCCUCUUCGAGUUUCUUCUGUAAAAAUCUACAACCGUGCUGGUCCUUGCACAAUUGAUAGAUUUGUGUUCUCACAGAUUCAAGAGUCGUGUUCUGGUAGCGGCUCAUAGCUGUUGAAUAUUAGCAAUAGGGGUCUUGGCCGUUUAUUCAUAAGACACUUACCAUCAUUGUCAACUUGACGACGGUUUUGGAUGACGCGAGCUUGGCUAUCACGCUGCUGAUUACCCUGGUUAAAAGGCAUCGCACCAAAGUUGUUGAAGUUUUGGUUAGAAAACUGGUUGGAGGAGCCCAAUCCGUUUAGGUUCAGCUGCUGCAUGCUAGACUGAAGCAUAGCCGGGUUGACAGGUGCAGCUACGUUGGGACCAAUAACCUGGUAGUUGGCUCCAGGAUAAAAGUUUUGGAACGCAUUCAUGCCAUUGUUGGGGAUCUGAGGAGCUCCAAUGCUCGACGUGAAAGGAGCAGUCGUCAUUGGAGGACCAAAUGGAGCAGCAUUGCCCUGAAGAGCAGAUUGGAACGAGGGAAAGGCUCCGUUUUGCUCCCUGGAGGUAUCAGCAGAAAGCUCACGGCUAUGGCGAGGAGGGAAGGCGCUGGCGGGGAUACGUCCCAUGCUGGCAUUAUGGUUGUGGAAAUGCUGCUGGGCGUGGUUGUUGGCAUUCAUCAUAGAAGCUCCGUUGCCAGCCUUCGUGGUCGAUACAUCAUUAGCAGAGAACGAGCUCUGAAGCUUAGGAGGAGUGGUCAUGACGUGGCUUCCCUUUGGUGAUACGAGCCCAGAAUCGUUGGCAGUAUCGGACAUGUACUUCAGGUCGAGGGAGUGGCGGAGGGACGCGGGUCGGCUGCCGAUGGUAUUGAGAUCGCCAAACUGAGUUGAUGAUGAUCCGUUUAGAGAUGAGAGGCUCUGCUGUGGGCGAUGACGGUUAACACUGGCCCAAGAUCUGGUUUGCAAUUCGGGUUUGGGGGAUGGCGAUAAUGCAAGGUCAAGUGCAGCGGAAGAAGCAGAGAGCUAAGUGAAAAGGCAUGCAAGGUCAGAAAUCAAUCGCGGGCAAAAUGACAGUUCCAAAAGAAAAAAUGCAAAACGAAACGUGAAGUUGCUCGCAGGCCACGUCAACAGGCAGGUAAAUGCAUAGGACAGCUGUGACAGCUGGCAGGCAGCUGGUGCAGCACUGCAAGAGAGAAUUUUCUUCACCAUUCCAUGCAUCGAGUCUCGCCGUUUCCCCUCUACCAUAAUAACCACGUUGCAAAGAAAUCCAAGCAGAACGAAAUCAAGACUUACAAUUUGGUCAUCGCGUCUCACAAGAGUCGGGAAAGUGUGGUCGGGGGUAUGACGAUGAGGCAUUGCGUUAGGUUCAUCUUCGCCAAAAAGGAAUCGAGCAGUGUUGGUCUGGUCCAAGUUGGACUCAUAUGGUCCGACUCUGGUCUUGGUAGCGGGCAUCGAGUAUCGGUGCAUACUGAAGCAGAGAAAAUUGUCAGCAAUCAUUGCUCAAAUCCGCCAAACAUCGCGGCGUGGUUGUCUGCAGAGCACUUACGCAUUUACGCUCCUCUGGCUGGUGGAAUCUUUGCGAGCAGCAUCUUCCUUCUCAUCAUCGCUGUUUCGGCGGGUGCCCGGCAUCGAACGAGAUGGGAGAGGCUCGUCGUAGCCGUAUCGCUGCUGCAUCAGACCAGAUGGUGGGGAGGUGAUCUGGGAGCCGGAUCGCUGAGGUCUGUUGAAGAGGCCAGGCGGGGACGUCAGGCUGGAAGUUGAGUAUCGGUUUGGUCGCGAAAACAUGGAUGGAAAGCCAGAGGAUGUGUCUCGGUAUUCGGGCGGAGUCGUGGGCUCGGACUGGUGGCCAUUGAGCCGCACAAUUUCUUCUUCCAUCUGCGCGAGCUCUUGAGCCUCUCGUCGCUGCUGCUGGUCAAGCUUCUGCAUUUCCAGCUCAAAGCGGCGGCGCUGCUCGCGAAUCCUCUCAUAUUCCAUCUUCUUCUUCUCAAUCUGUCAUGUCAGGUUAGCAUGGAGGCGCGAUUUGCACGUGCGCAGUCAUCCGCAAAUGACGGCUAGUCAUCGCAAUUUCAUCGCCAGGUACGUACCAAUUGCACCUUGUGCAUUGCAUUCUAAAGCGAAAAUGUUAGGAAUCCAGAUGAAUUUAAAUAUUGUGGUUGGGGUGGGCCACAGAAGCUGUCGUCUGAACUUACGUUGCCAAAGUCAGUGAUGGAGUCAGGGCCACGCGUAGGCGAAGUCAAGGAUGAUAAGGUUGGCACACGACCGGAAUCGGUGGUGAAUCGUCUGGGCAAGUUGGAGCGGAUAUCAUGCAUAGGCUGCUGCUGUCCCAUACGAGUACCUCCAUUGCGAGGAGGCGAAACCAAGGACGACAUCGGCGCUUCUGUCCUCGGCGGUUGUUGGGAACGGAAGUCCAUGCUGGGCAAAUCAGGCACAGGAGCAAUCCAAGUACGCGGAGUAGAAUUGGCACCACUGACGCAAGCCUAAUCGACUGUGUGCAUGGAAGCAAGGUCAGCAAGCGCCUCUGCGGGUGUGGAGGAUGGAAAGAGAGAAAAAUCAGGAUGCAGAAAAGAUGGACGAUGUUGAGGCGGGGUGACCAGAGAUGGAUUGGUCCGUGGGUGUGUCUCGGGGACAGGGGGGAAUGCUCGUUCGGUGGUUGGAAGGGCUCAGAACAGAGGCCUAGGCUCCAUCCCCCAUUGGCUCCAGGCCACAGCGACCUACUCGUGCAAGGAGCCUGAUUGAGGCCCUGGCAGCCACCAUUCGCUUGAGUGGGCGCGACAAUUGGGGAUUCUCUGCGCAGCAAUUAUGCUGCUGUAUACAACAAAUGCGUCGCUGGACGCGAAAGAUUGAUGGGAUUGUUCGGUUUGGUGCUGUGCACGCUUGGGUGUCUAGUACGUACCGAGAAACUCGUCCGCUAACGUUGGGAUCUGUUGGUUGAACUGAGUUUGACUGACGGGAAUCUAGUCGCACAAGGUUUUCAGUUGAAAAGAGUAGUUUACGAGAUGAACAAUGAUAUGUUCAAGAGGACCAGCACGUUUUUUCCUCACUUGCCCGAAAAAAACUGCCUGGCACUCGCCUAUAUGCCCUAGCUCAAAUUUGAUAACAAAUAACACCGAGGGGCGGGCGAACGGUCGCUGGUGGCCACGCACACGGGUGGAGAGGAAGAAAAAAGCGG